GAGACAUGUGGCGUCUGGUAAUAAACAAUCUUUGUUGAAGAGACAAGACAGACAGAAUGAGUGACUGACAGACAGACAUAGAUCAACUCCCUUUCCUCUCCACUCCACUCCACGGUCGGUCCACCCCAAUCUCUCCACACUCCAUCCCAUGGCCAUGGCUUCUUCAUCAUCAUUCUCCACCAUCCACCCUCGUUCUUUCUCUCUUACCACCCAUAACCACCACUCUUCUUCAACAUCUCUCCCACUCCCAUCUCUCUCCAUCAUCUCCCGCCGUCGUCCACAUUCUCAUUCCAACAGCCUCUUCACUCCCCGUCCUCCCAUAACCGCCAUUUAUGCAUCCACUAACAGUGGUGGCGGAAGCGGAGGAGAAGGCGGUGGAGGAGGUGAUGGUGGCGGCGAUGAUGGUGAAGAAUCAGAGGAUAGGGAUCGAAACAGAGAAGAAGCGUUGCUGGUACUUACGGAGGUAGGGAAGUCAUUGGAGAGUUUGCCAGCGGAUUUAGCGGAAGCCGUUAAAGCGGGACGAGUUCCGGGUUCUAUUGUGAAGAGAUUCUUUGAACUGCAAAAAUCAAGUGUGUUUCGAUGGUUGCUUAAUUUUGGAGGGUUUAGAGAAAGAUUGCUUGCUGAUGAUUUGUUUCUUGCUAAGGUUGCCAUGGAAUGCGGUGUUGGCAUCUUUACAAAGACUGCUGCGGAGUUGGAGAAGCGAAAAGAAAACUUUACCAAAGAACUUGAUUUUGUUUGCGCUGAUGUGGUAAUGGCCAUUGUAGCAGAUUUUAUGCUUGUGUGGCUUCCUGCUCCGACCGUUUCUCUUCGACCACCACCUUCCGUCAGUGCUGGACUUAUUGCUAAAUUCUUCUUCGGCUGCCCUGAAAAUGCUUUUCAGGUGGCUUUGGCUGGAACAUCAUAUUCCCUUAUACAGAGAAUAGGUGCUAUUGUGCGGAACGGAGCUAAGCUAUUUGCAGUUGGGACUGGUGCAUCACUGAUUGGAACUGGUGUAACAAAUGCAUUGAUUAAUGCGCGGAAGGUUGUUGAUAAAUCUUUUGCUGACGAGGCUGAAGAAGUACCAGUAUUAUCAACGAGUGUUGCCUAUGGGGUUUACAUGGCAGUAUCUAGCAACUUAAGGUAUCAAAUUCUAGCUGGAAUUAUCGAACAACGGAUUUUAGAUCCUUUGCUGCACCAGAACAAGCUCAUGUUAAGUGCAAUCUGCUUUGCUGUUAGAACCGGAAACACUUUCUUGGGCUCGCUACUGUGGGUGGAUUAUGCUCGCUGGGUUGGAGUCCAGAAGAUAAGGGAUUAAGGUUUCAAUUGCAAGAUAUUGUGUCAUGAAAUCAAUCGGGUCGAAUGUUGUAUGUUGAUUCAUGAUUGAAAAUCCAUAGUGUUGGUGUGUUGUAUUUUUUAAUGCUCUUGAGAGCGUAGUUAAUUGUAAAAUCAAGCUCCAAGAGUCUUUAGUUAUCACCAUACAUAAUGGCUAGUGAAGGUUAAAGAUCCAUCAACAUUGCUAGCAGGAAUCUGCAAUAUGAGAUAAAGGACAGUUGCUUUUUUUUUUUUUUUUGCGAUAGUCUGAGUGUCGAUUACUUUUGUGCGUGUAUAUUGUUUCUGCUGAAAUUACUUUGAUUGAAAACA